AAAGAACACCGCAAAGUAGAUUCAAGUGUAAAUUACUUAAUCUAGCAUCUACCAUUGGAGUGUAGCUAACAAGGAAUCAGUUUCUCCAUUACUACUACUACCAUGAUUGUGUUGUACUCUUAUUGGUUAAGCUCAUGCUCAUGGCGUAUCCGCUUUGCUUUGUGCCUCAAAGGGAUUCCUUAUGAGUAUAAAGCAGUGGAUCUUGUAAAAGGGGAACAGUUUAGUCCAGAGUUUGAGAAAUUGAACCCUCUCCAUUGUGUUCCGGUAUUAGCUGAUGAUCAUGUGGUGGUUUCAGACUCUUAUGCAAUCUUUCUGUAUUUGGAGGAAAAGUAUACUCAAAAGCCACUUUUGCCAGUUGAUCCUCAGAUCCGUGCUCUCAAUCUUCAGAUAGCAAGUAUGAUUAACUCCAGCAUUCAACCUUAUCAUAUGAUUAGUGCUUUGAAAGAUAUGGAGAAAAUGUUUGGUGCUGAAACAAAACAGUGGGCACAAUAUAAGAUUGACAAAGGUUUCUUGGCUCUUGAGAAGUUAUUGAAGGAUGUUGCUGGAAAAUAUGCAACAGGGGAACAUAUCUACAUGGCUGAUGUAUUCUUGGCUCCACAGAUUAUGCAAGCAGUUAAUAGGUUUGAUAUUGAUAUGUCCAAAUACCCUACUCUGAGGAGGUUGUCUGAAACAUACAAAGGUUUAGCAGAGUUCCAUGCCUCAUCACCACAAAGUCAACCUGAUGCUUGCAUUACCAAUAAUAACCUUUGACUAGCUAGUCAAUAGUUAUUAUGUAGAGAUCUUCUAUAUCUUCAUUAUGUAGGGAAUAUUGUUGCUGUAAACUUGUAAUAUUUUGAAUUUGUUAAUGGAUCAAUAAUUUUGAAUGUUUUGUAACAUGUCCUCCUUCUACACAAAACUAGGGGUGGAAAAAAUAAAGCUAU